CUGUGGCGACGGACGCGAGGCGUGGGCCAGCCCCACCCGGUCCACAUGGACAGUCGCAGCAGCCUCCACUGAUGCCUUCACGCCUGCGCGGGGCGGGCGGGCGGCCGUAGCGGCGGCGGCGGCAGGAGGGGCGAGGCGCGCCGGGGCCCCUGGCGGUAGCGGAGAUCUCGCCGCCGAGCGCAGCGGGUGCGGCCAUUUUUCCGGCCCGGGCCGAGGGGCGGCGUGAGAGGGCCCGUCUGCCCGCCUGCCCGCCUGCCCGCUCUCUUCCUGGGGCCCGCGGCGGGGGCGGCUUCUCAGGCGGCCUCGGGGGGCGGUGGAUGGGGAGUCGUGGGCCGACAGCAGCUGGGCCUGGGAAGCGCCGCCGUCGUCGUCGCCGCGCUCAGCGCCCCGGAGGCGCCUGAGAACCCCGGCGCGGCAGGCCCGAGCGCCGGCCUUUGUGUAGGCCCGUCCGGACGCCGAGCGCCGCCCGCCCUGCGGCGGUUACCCCCUGUGGUGCGGCCCCCCAGCCCGGCGGCCCUGAGGGCUAUGGAUUAAGGCGGCGGCGCCGUGGGAGGAGGAAGAUGGCGGCUGGCAAGAGCGGCGGCAGCUCCGGGGAGCUUGCUUUUCUGGAAGCUUUGACUAGAUCCGAAUCUAGGAGAGAUGGAGGUUUUAAAAAUAAUUGGAGCUUUGAUCAUGGAGAAGAAAGUGAAGGAGAUACAGAUAAAGAUGAGGCAAAUCUACUCAGUAUAGAUGAAGAUGAGGAUUCUGAAACCUCAAAAGGAAAAAAGUUAAAUCGUCAAUCUGAAAUUGUUGCUACUGGUUCUGGUGAUUCUUGGAGGAUAUAUGCAAGACGAAACAAGUCUGAAAAUUUUAAACCUUUAAAGGGCAACCCAAUUGGACUUAACAUGUUGAGCAACAAAAAGAAGUUGAGUGAAAAUACACAGAAUGCAUCAUUACGUUCUGGAACUGUUAUUGAUGGUAGAUGUUUUCAUCAUGCUAAUGCACAGACACCAGUUGUAAAAACAGCAGCUCAAAGCAGUCUGGACCAAAAGGAAAGGAAAGAAUAUCCACCUCAUGUCCAAAAAUUUGAAAAUAAUCCUGUAAGGUUAAGUUGGCCCCAAGGUGUUGAUCAUAUAAUGAAGAAGACAGAAGAAUCUGAAUCAUACUUGGAGUCAGAAAUCAAAAGGAAAGUAUCACAGAAACGUCACAGUACAUAUCAAUCUACUACUCCUGUGUCUCCUGCCUCAAAAAAAUCUUUAUCUGAUUUAGAGGAUUUGCCCAGAAGUUGCAGACCAGCUAUAACUUUGAAUGAAUCAACUGGUCCAUUACUGAGAACAUCAAAUCAUCAGAAUUCUGGAGGACAGAAGUCACAAAACACAGCAUUAACACCCAACAAGUUUUAUGGCAACAGUGUGGGAAAGGUUCCAAUUGAUAUUAUUGUAAACUGUGAUAGACAGAAUUAUUUACAGACUAAUGGGAAAGUUGUUUUACCUAGGGCAAAAGGAGCCAAGACCACAAAUCUAAAAGAAAGGAAAAUAAGCCUGUCAGGCCUAAAUGAUCCAAUCAUUUUGUCCAGUGAUGAUGAUGAUGACAAUGACAGGACUAACAGAAGAGAGAGCAUAUCUCCUCAACCUGCUGACUCAGCAUGUUCUUCCCCAGCACCAUCCACUGGAAAAGUAGAAGCAGCACUAAGUGAAAAUACCGGUAGAGUAGAGCAUGAACUAAGAAGCAUUCCAGCAGAUUCAGAAUUAAAUACAGUUCCAUUGCCAAGAAAAGCAAGAAUGAAAGAUCAGUUUGGUAAUUCUAUUAUCAACACACCUCUAAAACGUCGCAAGGUGAUUGCUCAAGAAACUUUAGUUGAUCCUGUAUCUUUAAGCUGCCCAAGUUCCUAUGGCAGUGUCAUUUUAAACUGUCGAAGUAUACGAGUAGGGACGCUCUUUCGGCUAUUAGUAGAACCUGUAAUUUUUUGUUUAGAUUUUAUCAAGAUACCGCUAGAAGAAGCAGAAGCUGAUCCAGUAGGCUUUACUUUAAAUACCUCUGAUCUAACUAAAUGUGAAUGGUGUAAUGUCCGUAAAUUACCAGUCGUAUUUCUUCAGACAAUACCACCAGUUUAUGAAAAGCUGAGCAUGCUGAUACAAAUGAGUAUGGAUGAUAAAGUUUGGACUCAUUGUAAAAGAAUGCAUAAGUUAACAAAUUUGGAAGAACAGUAUAUAAUUUUAAUUUUUCAAAAUGCCCUUGAUGCUCAAGCAAAUACGGUAUUUGAAAGUAUCGUUACUGAAAUUGGUAUAAAGAAUAAUGUAUCCAAUUUUUUUGCGAAAAUUCCCUUUGAAGAAGCCAAUAGCAGACUUGUUGCCUGUACAAAAACCUAUGAAGAAAGGAUCAAAGGAAGUUGUGUGCAAAAAGAAAACAAAAUUAAAAAUGUGCCCCUGGAAUCUAGAAUACAACUUAGAAGCAAACAAUUUCAGUUUUUUGAUGAUGACGAAGAAACUGGAGAGGGUCACACCAUCUUUAUGGGUCCUGUAGAAAAGUUGAUAGUAUAUCCACCACCUCCAGCUAAGGGAGGCAUCUCUGUUACUAAUGAGGACCUGCACUGUCUAAGUGAAGGAGAAUUUUUAAAUGAUGUUAUUAUAGACUUUUAUUUGAAAUAUUUGGUGCUUGAAAAACUGAAGAAAGAAGAUGCUGACCGAAUUCAUAUAUUCAGUUCUUUUUUCUACAAACGCCUUAAUCAGAGAGAAAGGAGAAAUCUCCAUGAAACACCUAAUCUAUCAAUACAGCAAAAGCGGCAUGGGAGAGUAAAAACAUGGACCCGGCAUGUAGAUAUUUUUGAAAAGGAUUUUAUUUUUGUACCCCUUAAUGAAGCUGCACACUGGUUUUUGGCUGUUGUUUGUUUCCCUGGUUUGGAAAAACCGAAGUAUGAACCUAAUCCUCAUUACCAUGAAAAUACAACCAUGCAAAAAUGUUCAACUGUAGAGGACAGUUGUAUUUCUUCUCCUUCAGCCAGUGAAAUGGACAGUUGUUCACAAAACUCUUCUGCCAAGCCUAUAAUUAAGAAGAUGCUAAACAAAAAGCAUUGCAUGGCUGUAAUUGAUUCAAGUGCUGAACAGGAAGAAAGUGACUCUCGUUAUCGGAGAAACAUAUGCAGUGCGAAAUGUAGUCUGAAAAAAAUCAAUCAUACUGCAAGUGAAAAUGAAGAAUCAAAUCAAGGAGAAUCUGCAUGCCAGAAAAGUGUUGAUAGGACUACAAGUGAGAAUGGCCUACAGAAUGAAUAUUUAAAUUCUAUGCACCAUACAGAUGGUUUAAGCAAAAUCAGACUAAACUAUAGUGAUGAAUCAGCUGAAGCUAGUAGAUUGCUUGAAGAUGAACUCAUUGACUUUUCAGAAGAUCAGGAUAACCAGGAUGACAGUAGUGACGAUGGAUUCCUUACCGAUGACAAUUGCAAUUCAGAAAUAGGACAGUGGCAUUUAAAGCCUACUAUCUGUAAACAACCUUGUAUCCUACUAAUGGACUCACUCAGAGGCCCUUCUCGAUCAAAUGUUGUAAAAAUUCUGAGAGAGUAUUUAGAGGUGGAAUGGGAAGUUAAAAAAGGAAGCAAAAGAAGUUUUUCCAAAGAUGUUAUGAAAGGCUCUAAUCCAAAAGUACCCCAACAAAAUAACUUCAGUGAUUGUGGUGUAUACGUAUUGCAGUAUGUAGAGAGCUUUUUUGAGAAUCCAAUUAUCAAUUUUGAACUACCUAUGAAUUUGGCAAACUGGUUCUCUCCCCCAAGAAUGAGAACAAAAAGAGAAGAAAUUCGAAACAUAAUUCUAAAGCUACAGGAAGAUCAGAGUAAAGAGAAAAAGAAGUAUAAGGACACGUACUCAACAGACACAUCUUUGGAUGAAGGAACAGAACAAAGUAUCGACAGUAUCUCAGAUUGACCAUUUCUGAUUCUUGUCAGUGUUGUCCUGAGAAACAGGUGACUUUCAUCUUUGGGUACAGACAGUAAAGAACUGAAGUGCUCACUACUCAGAGUGAUUUGAAAAUGUUAAUGCUUGUAUAAAUGUCAUAUAAUUAAUUUCCAAUGGAGUAUGUAUUAAGUUAGUCUGUAAAUAUGUUAAUGAGGCCAAUUUUUUCAGCAUUUAUAAUUAUUUUUUUUCACUUGUUAGGAAGCUUUUGUUAUGUAUUUUCUGUUAAUAGUAUUGAAAACUGCAACUUCUAAACACUAAAUAAAUAAAUAUUUAUAGGAGGACAUGAUUAAUUUGAUAUUCUUUAGUGAAUUUGUAUUAAAUUCCUCGGUGUGUGUGAUAUAUUUCAUGGGAAUUAUUCAAGUAUCUAUGAUAAUUUUUUGACCUUUUGCAUUUCUAAAGUAACUUGAAAUAUGAAAAUAAGAUGAACUCUAAGGCAUUUUGAACAAGAAAGACAUCUUUAUGUGCUUGUAAAGCAGGGGGGAAUACAACAGCUUUUUAAAUUCGUAUAUUCCCUUGUGUCCAAAAAACUCCAAAAUGGAAUAAAUAUAAUUUUACAUAAAUAUUUAAGAAGUAAUUCAAAGAAUAACCUUGAAUUAAACUGAAUAACUGUGCUUUAUCAUAUAUUAUUGCCAACUACAUUUCUGAAGACGUCUGAGGCUCAGGUUAAAACUAUUUUGAUAAGUGCAGCUCGAAUUUCAAAUAUCCCAUGUUAUCUUUCUAUAUUAUAGCUUAAAAUAUUCUACAAUAUGUGUGAUAUAGUUAAUUGGUAAACAUUUUUAAUCUGUGAACACAGCAAUUUAAAUAGGAAUUAAAUAUUUUUUGUAAUGGCUUUUGCUAUUUUUUCAUUGCUCAUUUUGUUCUUGUUAUUUUGAUAAAGUAUCAGACUUUGCACAUGAGUUUUUUAGUGUAAAUUAUUUUUACAUGUGGAAGUAAUAUCUUUUGUUCAAUUGCUUAAUGCAGGAAAAAAAAUCCCCUACCUUGAAUUCCCCUUUUAAAUUCUUAAAAUGUGAUGGUUUUGAUGACAGAUUUACAACUCAUACAGGAAUCUUGCAUAUAUCUGCUGAAACUAUUAUUUUCAAAUGAAACAUCAUACAUUUCUUUUGAAUUAACUUUGAGACUCAAAGUAUAUAUUUUAAAAGUCAUUUUUUGUUAAAAAUGAAUUUCAAAAUGCACAUAUGUAUAACAAAAAUAGUUGAGACUAUAAGGAAGGCCAUUUUUAUCAGCAUUUAUUUUAUUUUUAGUCUGGUCAUUUCUGGUAUUGUGACCAACAUUUUAGGAUAUUUUCUUGAAUUUAAUAAAGUCUGUGGGUGUGUUUGGGGUAGAUGGAGGUGUUAACAACUAAAAAAAAUUUAUUGAGACACACUCAUUAAGGGAAACCUUAAAAUGUAGGUUUAGGGAAGAUCAUCAUUAGUGCUUUCAAUUAUAGUUUUGUUACUUUGAACUAUGAGAACAUUUUUAAAUUUCUGAUUACAUUAUUUUUUUUUUUUAGAAAUGCCCUAGAGCUAUUAGCCAAAUAUGAAAAAAUGAGUUUAAUCUUAUUACCUACUGAAUAUGGACAAAAAGAAAUGGAAAUUGUUUUUUUUUAAUUCCUGAUAGCAGUAUACAAAAUUCAUAUAUUUAAUUUUUUAAAUAUACUGUAUUUUAUCAGAAUUUGAAGUUACUGCAAAAACUAUUCUAAAAUGCUCAUUUGUUUUUGUUUUAAUUUCUGAUGAUUUCAUUUUGCAUUCUUAAUCUUGUUAAGAGAAAAAUAUAACUUUGUCCUUUAUGCCAUCUCAAGUCAAUCACAUUUUGACAUGAAACAUAUAGAUUGAUGCCUGUCAGCUUUCUCUAGAGGUAGAGUAUUCAGAUAUUUGAUAUUUCUCCCAAUCCAUGUAAAAUUCUAUUUUUAAAAAUUAUGCUAAUAACUUUGUUUUACAUAUACUAGUAUAUACUGAAAUCUUUGGAGACUUCGAGGGUGAGCUCCAAAACUAGACUUGAGAAUCUUUGGUGUAUAUGCACAUUUACUUGAUGAUUAUGUACUGUGGUACUGCUAUAUGUAGUUUAAAGUGGCUACCAGUCUUUUAAAAUGUGUCAUUAGUAUUUGGAAGUUGUGAAACAGAAUUUUAAAGUUUAGAGGUUUGUUACUAGACACUGAAACUGCAUGACAAGUAUCUGGUGUCUUAACUAAUUAGAUCUGUUGUAUUUGUUUUCUUGUUGGAUAGAAUAACAGUUAAUCAUUUUUAGAAGAGUUUUAGAUUACUUGCCAUAAAAUUUGUAUGUGUCUCAGCUUGUGGUAGUUUAGGAGCAAAGUCGGCAUUUAACUAGUUCGUUCCCUUUGGUGAUGUUGUUAAGACAGGUGAAACUUAGUGGUAUUGUUUCAAGUUCACAUAAAUCUAAAUCAGUUAAGCAGAGUAACCUGUGCUUACACUACUAGUCAAUUAUAUGUAGGCGGUUUUAUUUGAAAAGGUAAAAUAAUUAUCUAAAUUAUAUCUUAUUUUAAAGUCACCAGAAUGAAUUCAGUAUUCUUUUCUUUAAAAAACUAAGAUCUAUGAAGAUAUUAGGAUAUAACAUAAAACAAACAGCUUUAAUUUCCCAGCCAUCACAGAUUGUACUUAAAAGUCACAGACAGUUCACUGAACAGGAGCAUUAAUGAAUAUAUAUAUAUAUAUACAUACAUACAUACACACACACACACACACACAUACACACACUUUUUUUUUUUUUUUAAAUCCCCAUUUGAGGGCAUGCUUAAGAGAGAGAAAUAACAAUGUGAGAGAGUAACAUCGAUCAGUUUGCCUCACCUUUCGUAUGCUCCCCAACUGGGGAUCAAACUCGAAACCCAGGUAUGUGCCCUGACCAGGAAUUGAACUGGUAACCUUUCAGUGCAUGGAUGACACUCAACCGAGCCACUCCAGCCAGGCAAGGAUAUAUUUCAAUAUAUACAUAUAUAUAUGAUCAAGAGUUGGUGGAGUAAAGCUACUGGAAUAUGAUAGAAUAACUUAGAAGAAACAGAACCCUUAAAAGAUAAGGUAAUGUAGUGCUAUAUAUUUAGAAGAGGUGUCAAUAACAAGGUUGCUCUAGAGAUUACUUUGAGGACAAAAGGAGAGAUUAUUGUGGAGGCAUACUACAGACUGUGUAGCCAAGUGAAUGUAAAUGUAUAGUUUACCAGUAAGAACAUAACAGGUAACACUGGACUGUAUUGGGAAGUGUAAUCUAAAUGCACUGAAAUACUACAGUAGGACUUUGGGGUUUUUCCUAAUCAUAGGAAGGAAAAAAGGGGUUAUGAAAAUGCUUUAAAACUAACCACAGAGAAAGAAUUGGUUGAUCAGGUCAAAGAAAUGUGUACCUUGGGGGAAAGUAGUUCUACCAUUUUAAUUCUAACAGGCCAGAUCAAGGAAUAAUGAUAGGGUACCCUAAACUGCUAUUAAAGAAAUCAGAGUGCACUGUACUCAGGAAACUACCAUAGACCCAUGGCCUGAAACAGACCAAAAAAUUGAAAGCUUACAGGUCUUCACUAUAUUGCAAAUAACAUUUAAAUUGUCCUUAUUGCAAAUGAUUACAGUGAAGAGCAUAUUAUCCAAAUCAAUUAUUUUUGCCUAGUUUUUAAGCUGCUAGUCCCAGAGGUAAUAAAGUUUGUAUUUUACUCUUUUAAAUGCUUUAGAUACCACUUUGCUCCCACCCCCCUACUCCCAAAUUUUCAUUAAGAACUUGAAGAAGUUACUAAGUUGCUGUUACUAAGUCUUGAAAAAUUACAAAGAAAAUCAUUAAGGUACUCAAAGGUUAGAUACUGACAGAUAAAUCAUGUUGUUCUAAAGAUUCUGGCCCUAUUUGGUUUGGCUCUUCAUAGAGUGUCAGCCUGCAGACUGAGGGUCCCAGGUUCGAUUCUAGUCAAGAGCACAUGCCCAGGUUGCAGGCUCAAUCCCCAGUGGGGGGCAUGCAGGAAGGAGCCAAUCAAUGAUUCUAAUCAUUGAUGUUUCGGUCUGGAGCCCUCUCCCUUCCUCUCUGAAAUCAAUAAAAAUAUAUUAAAACAUUUUUUUAAAGAUUCUGAAAGUUAUAAAACAGCAACUCUUGAGAAGAUGUGGAAGUCAAUUAUUAAAUGGUGGUGUGUGAACUCUUAAUAGUCACUAGAAGUUAGGGAACCACUACAAUAAAGGUUGUUUUACAUUUUUAUUAGAAAUCUGGACUAAUAAAUCUAGAAUGCAGCCGGACUAGCAAUUCUCAAAAUGUGUUUGAUAACUCUGGUUCUGUGGUUAAAUAAGUGUAAAAUAUUUAAACCAAGUUAAGCCAGUUUCUUGGAACUUUUAAUAUGCUAAUAUAGAGCAAUUUAAUGAGUGGAAAAUAUAGAACAGCAUGAUAGAUACAGAAUUUGGCUAUAUCUUCCUUUUUCUCUUCUGGUCUGGUUCUCUAAACUGCCUUAUAAAUGCUCCACAGAAUUAACUAUUGGGGUAUUUGUGAACUGAACUUUAAGAAGGGGUACUUUUGAAACCUCUCUGAGGUUGGUUACUUAUUUACAUUUUAUUUCACUAAUAGUUGGGUAUAUGAUUUGGAGACUUGAAAAUAAGUGACUAGUGUCCUGGGAAAAUGAAGUCAGAUUUGAUGAUACUCAUCUUUUGUCACUAAGUCAUCUAAACUCAUCACAUGUAGAAAUUGUGCAAAAAUAUGAAUGUGAAUUGAAGGAUUAUCUGUCAGCUUUUUCCUCUGUUUAUAUCUUAACUGAUAGCUUAUACCUCUGUCAACUUCCACGCCAUCACCCUUUACUUUAGAAUUAAACUGCAGCAAACUUUAUAUCCUUCUGAAGAAAUUUGUGCAAAACAGCACUUUUAACUUAAUACACACACACAUAUAUAUAUUUCUCACUGGAGGAUAUAUUUAUAAAUGUUUAUUGAUUUUUAGAGAGGAAGGGAGAGAGGGAAAAAUAAAAACAACAUUGAUUGGUUAUCUCCUGUACACACCUGGAUCGAACCCGAAACCUAGGUAUGUGCCCUUACGGGAUCAAACUCAACCUUUUGGAAGGCCCUCCAACCGAGCCACCUGGCCAGAGCGACUUUCAAUAUUUUUAAUCCCCCAAAUAACUGAAAACAAGUUGUUUAAUCCUGUUAUGAGACAUUAAAUUUAUCAUAAUUAGCUACAUACAUGUUGAUAGGAGAGAACUUGAUCCAAAACAAAUUAGAUGAACUUUGUACUAAGUGUUGGAAAUUUAAAGCAGCCAAAACUAUAGAAUGUUACUAACUAAUGUCACCUUAAUAAAUUUAAUACAAAUAAAAUGGCCAAACAGCUCUCAUCUCCCCUCAUGGUGCUUCCUUGUGUAUAAUGGGUAUGACAUCUGUUAAUCAGCCUCAAAAGUUAAUUUCAAAUAACUGCCUUGCAGGAAAAGUACAUGUAUUUUAAGAAAUAUAGCCUCAUCUGGAAUACUGGAGAAGUCUUCCCUGAAAAUGUGACAUUUAAACUAUUGGGAGACAUAAACUGAACAGUCUGAGAGGGCAUGAGAAGAAUUGUGUUUAUAGUUUGUGCAAGGGCUCUGAGGCAGGGAGGUGUGUGGCUUUUCCUAAAUGAUAAUGGCUUCACUUAUUAAGUAUGUAUUUAUGCCAAACACUGUUGUAAGCUUUUUAAAUGUAUGAAUUCAUGUGUUCACCAUGACAAUAAUAUGAGGUAUGUAUUGUUGUUAUACCCAAUUUACAGAAAGACAAACAGGCCCAAAGAAAUAGUUUCUCCAACAAGACUGGGCAUUGAACACACCUUCUUACCCUAGAAACUAUGUUAACCUGGCUAGAUAAAAGAAGAUGGAAAUAAGUAAGAUGUACAUAUUUUUUUAGAGAUGCAGUGUGAGAGAAUAUUGUUUACUUUGGAAAAAUGGUUAUAUGGAUUCUUUGUUAUCUUUCAGUAUGUUUAAACAUUUUCAUAAUUUUAAAAAUAAAAUUAAAGAAGGCCUGUGUAA